AUGUUCUUCAGUCUUGCAGGACAAGCUGCUCUUUAUUUAUUUGGUAGUGAUGCACGCCAGAUAUUUGAAAUAAAAGCUUUUCAUGAAGAAUACCGAUCAUGGUUUAUUAGUCAAGAAGUUCAGCACGAUGGACGUCUAUUUUUUGCUACACCAAUGGACCCUUUGUUUCUUGUGCUUUUUUACCUCAUGAAAGCAGAGAAAGAGCAGGGAAAGUUUCAGCCACUGGAUCAGGUUUUGGUGGAUGAAGAGUUUUCUUCCAGCAUACAAUUGCUACAUUGCACAAGUACUUCACAGUCAAUUCACCACAUAGCUGAGCAAAAAGGUACCAAACAAGCAAAAAUAUUAUUAAUUAAUGUAGACCUGCAAACUUUAGCCACUACUUAG